ACUCUUUAGCCCCACCUGUUUCGAUUUUUGAACUCCCGGUCUCAAACUCCCCCCCCCCAACCGACGCGGCGCCUGAGCACUCCUGUGCCCCCUCGUGGCGGCGAGAUCCAGGCGGGGCCCGGCCGCCGCCGGCGCAUGGCCUCCGUCGACGCCGCGGGUGACCCCCUCCGCUCCUUCGCCUCUGCGACGUCCCUCCUUUUCCGGACCCUUGGCCCUGCCGCGGCCUCCGCAUCCCCCUCCAGGGCCCCUGGGGCGCUGCUCGGCGGAUCCCUGAAACGCUCCAAGGAGCUGAUGGAGCAGGCCAGCCUGGUCUUGAAGGAGCGGGGGGACAUCCAGAAGCUCUAUCAGGAGGAUCGAGUGGAUGGCAAGAACAACCAGCAGGGUAGAAGGCCUGGGCUGGACCGCAAGCGGGCUCAGUUCUCUCUCAAGCCCACCCAAAGCAACCCAGUGAAUGUUGAUUUCUCCCAGGCGCUUAGCAUUGACGAUCCAGAGGAGUACUUCUUAACCUUGGAGCGGCUCGAAAAGGCUGACAGGGAGAUAAAAAAGUUAAGAGGUGAGGUUCCAACCAAAACAGCAAAUUAUGAUCGGCCUAUCGAACCACCCAAGAAGCGGCCUGGAAUGUCGAGGAGAAAAUCGGUCUAUUCUUACAAUUUUAGUGUGGGCAUGGAUACCUCAGAUGGUACUGAAGCACCCGAUUCCCAGAUGGGAACUUUACCAGAAUCUCAGUCCACUCAAGACGACAUGCCUCCUUCAGUUCCUGAAAGAACCAAGCCACCGGUCCCUUCAAGUUCUAGCCAAUGUGAUAUACAAGAUGUCUCAACGAGAGAAGAUUCCUUUGCUAAGAAGGAUAAAGGCGCCACUCUGGAUUCCCUAAUGUCAGCAUUCAAAAAUUUGGAUGCAUCUAAAGAGGAAAGCCUGUUGCGAGAGAAGUUACAGAUCAAAGAAAUAAACAUAGGGGAAGCUUGUAUCCCUGACCUAUUCAAUGUUCCUGGUGAUAGGCCUGUAAGAAGAACUAAGCAGAAGUAUCUGACGAGUGAUCGUACUCCAGAAAGACCUGUAUCAGGGAGCCACCAUGCUCCAAUUUCGAAAUGGGAUAAACACAUACUUGGUCGAGACAUUCUGAACGAUAAAGCAGAUCUUUCAGAAGACGAUGAAUCUGAUAAUUCUCCAGAAACUGUUGUGGAUAAACAAUCGCAGGUGCACAGUUCUUACAAUGAUGUUGUUUUGACGAACGGUGAGGCCUCUACUGCAAGGGAGACCCCAACUUCAAUCAUAAAAUUUCCAGACCAUGUUCUUGAACCAGUAAGUUCUCCACUUGGUGCGUGCAUAGAUAGUGACGUUGCCAAAGAAAAGGAUGCAUCUAGCGGGCAAAAUGUUUCAUUAGAGGAAGAGCACAUGCCAGUGAAUCACCCAUUUACCGAGAGGCCAAAUAAUGAACCAGAAACUUCUUCUCAUCAUUUGGAAGGUGAAACAACAAAAGUGCUGGGUAGUGCACCAGGUAGGAAUGCGUCAGUGUUGCAUGGUGAAGAUGACAAUAUCGGAUAUCAGGGAGUGCUUGGAGGGGACAUGCUUGUGCAAGAUGAACCAAUCCAUCCACCGGAAAUACCUCCAGAUGCGCAUAAUCAGUCUCAUAUUCAGGAUGAAGAUGUUGAGAAACAGGCAGUUGAUAUAAGCCAUGAACUCCCUCUGAGCAAAGGUGGUAAGCAAAAUGCAGUCCAAAAAAGAAAAAACAAGAAGCAGUCAGCAAAGAGAGGAAAAAGAGUUUCAGAUAAGCCAAUCCAUACAUCAGAAAUACCUCCAGAAGAUAUUGUCCCACAGAAUAACUCUCAUGUUCAUGAAGGAAACUUCGAGAAACCUGCAGUUGGUACAAGCAAUGAACUCUCCCCAAGCAAAGAUAGUAAGCAAAAGCGAGUUCAAAAUGAGGAGUCUAAGAAGCAGCCAUUGAAGAGAAUGAAAAGAGGGGCAGAAGAGGCAAGCAAUCCAUUGGGAAUACCCCCGGAAAAUUGUGAUACAGAGACUCAACCUAGUAUGCAAGAUACAAAUAUCGAGCAGCAGACGGUUGAUACAAGGGUUUCACGGUCCCCAAACAAAGGUAAAUUGCAAAAGGAAGGUCAAAGGAGAAAGAAGAGGCAAGAAGUGAAUAGAAGGAAAAGCCUGACAGCAUUUGGUCUUGCGUGGCAAUCUGGCGUGAGACGCAGCACAAGAAUACGGUCCAGGCCAUUGCAGGAUUGGCUUGGCGAAAGGCUCCUAUAUGGGCGUAUACAUGACACAAUGGCCACAGUCAUCGGCGUGAAAUCAUAUUCUCCCAGUCAAGAUGGCAAGGUUGAAUUGAGAGUGAAAUCCUUCGUGCCAGAACAGUACUCAGAUAUGGUAGCUCAAGCUGCAAAGUAUUGAGGUUACUGGCCUUGACAAAUCUCACUUUGUUCUGGGACAAGUCGUUUUGUGGCCAAGAGGGUCGGUAGCAUUUCAGGUGCUUUCUCAUGCUGUGCCAUCUAUCUUUCUAAAAGAGUUUUGCACAAUGUAGUGCAACCAUGCUGUUAACAUCCAAGACCAUGUAGAAAUAUGGAUGUAGUAGUAGACACAAGAAUUAUCUUCACCUUUGUUAGCUGUUUUUAGUGUCAUCUCUGGAUGAUAUGAUGUCAAUUGUCUCUAGUUUGUAUAUGCAGGAAGUCCCUUGUCGUAUGAUAAAAUUAUCGUACUAUGUUUAAA